AUGUACACGUACGGCUCUGUUCUUUCUGAUCGCAAACACAGCAACAAGAGCCCUUCUGCCCCAUUGCCAAACACAUCCCGUGCCCUGGAGGUUGGGAUGAGGGCUGCGUUCUGCCUUACACGAGCCGCAGUGCCGGCGCUGGGCAAUGAUGUUACGGCGGAGCAGGAGGGGCUGCUGUGUCCCAGCGCAGAGAUACACGUGGAUCCUAAGGACGGGACUCUGAGCUGGGGGGGACACGGAGGUGUGAACCAGCUGGGGGGCGUUUUUGUGAAUGGCCGCCCCCUGCCCGACGUCGUCCGGCAGCGGAUCGUGGAGCUGGCUCACCAGGGGGUGAGGCCGUGCGACAUCUCCAGGCAGCUCCGAGUCAGCCACGGCUGUGUCAGCAAAAUACUCGGCAGGUAUUAUGAAACCGGGAGCAUUAAGCCUGGAGUGAUUGGAGGAUCAAAACCAAAGGUCGCCACACCCAAAGUUGUCGAAAAAAUCGCAGAGUACAAACGCCAAAAUCCCACCAUGUUUGCCUGGGAGAUCAGGGAUAGACUCCUCGCCGAGCGGGUGUGUGAUAAUGACACCGUGCCCAGCGUCAGUUCCAUUAACAGGAUCAUACGGACCAAGGUGCAGCAGCCGCCCAAUCAGCAAGUGCCAGCCUCCAGUCACAGCAUAGCCUCCACAGGCUCCGUCACCCAGGUGUCCUCUGUCAGCACCGACUCCGCUGGCUCGUCCUACUCCAUCAGUGGGAUCCUGGGCAUCGCGUCUCCUGGCACCGAGAGCAACAAGCGCAAGCGCGAUGAAGGUAUUCAGGAACCUCCAGUACCCAAUGGCCAUUCUCUCCCCGGUAGAGAUUUUCUUCGGAAACAGAUGCGUGGAGACCUAUUCACCCAGCAGCAGUUAGAAGUGUUGGAUCGAGUCUUCGAGAGGCAACAUUAUUCUGACAUUUUCACAACAACAGAGCCCAUCAAACCGGAGCAGGCAACCGAGUACUCAGCCAUGGCAUCAUUAGCUGGAGGACUGGAUGACAUGAAAGCCAAUAUAACCAGCCCUACUUCUGCAGAUUUAGGAGCAAGUGUUCCCGGACCACAGUCGUAUCCUAUCGUAACAGGUCGCGAGCUGGCAAGCACAACCCUCCCAGGAUACCCACCCCACGUCCCCCCUGCUGGACAGGGCAGCUAUUCUGCCCCUGCGCUGACAGGAAUGGUGCCUGGGAGUGAGUUUUCUGGGAGCCCGUACAGCCACCCGCAGUACUCAACGUACAACGAUUCCUGGAGGUUUCCCAAUCCCGGACUUCUGGGCUCUCCUUACUACUACAGCGCUGCAGCCCGUGGAGCAGCCCCACCAGCAGCUGCUGCUGCCUAUGACCGCCACUGACCUCGGACCCAAAGCUUGAGCACUUAUCACAAAGUACUGCCUGGGACAACUGCAUUGAGUCACCUUGCUACAACCACGCAAGUCAAGGAGGAAGAAAGUAAAUAGUAGGAACAAGCUCAUUGAAAUUUUACUCUUAAGACUCUGCAAACUUAACGUUGUUGUUUUCUGAAUUUCUGGUGAUGCUGUCUGGGUCUCAAAUGAAACAAAGAAAUAGGAGGACGUGGUUCUCCUGGCACAUCCUGCGGUCAUAGAAAUGCAGUAGUUUGAUUGUUUGCAGCUGUCUGGCUACUGCUUUAAUCGCUGUGGGUACCACGGCUGUAACUGGGGAUAAGGAAGAGAUGUGGGCCUCCCUGUGUGGGAUAGCUUCCUCUUACUGCACACUGAGACAGGCUGUGAGACUCAACACAAGCUUUUUUAAUUAUUAUUAUUGUUCUUUUUUAUUUUAUUAUUAUUUUUUUUAUUUUUUUAAUGUGUGUGUGUGUGGCAAAGAAAGAUCGGUCUGCUCAAUUUUACACAAGCAGCACUGUAAAUACAUGCUUGUUUGUACUGCUAUGAGAGUGACUUAGCGUAUGCUAAGCUUAUGCAGCAACGUUGUACAAAUCUAGGCUCAAAAUACAUCUGAAAAUGUGUUUUGAAACUGGUGCACUGAGAUUCAAAGAAUUCAGUAAGCUUUAAGCAACUCUGAACCAGGUUAACACUCAUUGUGGCUGUCUUUCAGGCUGAUGCUACUGCUGUACAGCAUCCUAUCCAACAGCUGUGUGUGAUCACGUUAUAUGCUGGUACCAAACCCAUGGGCAUCAGAAAGACGUGGGCAAUUUUGUCACAGUUUAUUGCCUAUUACUGACUUGUGUUCGUUUGUUAUUACGAUGAGCACUGAAACAGAUUCUGUGGUUUCAACUUAAACAGCAUUUGGGAAGGAAUAAUAGUAAACACCGUACCUACGUUUCAACAGGUCGUCUGCUCUAGCCCAAUAAAUGUCAGCCUGAAAGAAAGGGGGAAGAUACGGCCAUAAUGAUUUACGUGAGGUAGACGUAUUGACCAGAGCAUACUGAACACAUGGGCAGACCUGUCUGUGUUUCCAUGUGUGCUUCCCAAAGCUGAUUAUUGGCGGUGUCCCAUGAACGAUCAAUCAAAGUAUUAAGUAUUUGCUUCCAGUUUCACAAGUAUUUCUUGCAAACUGCAAUGUCUGAGCUAACAUUUCUCCCUGCUCCCCUUGCUGCCAGCACCUUGCGUGCCUGCCAUCAGCGAGCACUGACACCCUCUGUGUGUUCCCCAUUUUCAGUGGCAGGUUUUGUAUGUUCUCAUGCUACAAAAACACAGCAGUUAGUGUCAGGGUUCCACUCUAGAUGUUCUCUAGUCUUCAAAAGCCAUGAUGAUACCUAGGGCCCGCUGGCUUAAAUGGUUUCCCCUAAUCCAGAAUUUCAUUCUGUGAGCACAAACUGACCUGCUGCCAUCUGUCUCAUUGCAACAAAAUGGAACAGAAUUUUGGUAGGAAGGUGCAGCCUCUACUGUCAUAUCACCAACAUCCACCUCUGAAAUCAUGGUCCAUCAUAGUAAAAUAUGAGGCUUUACUUUUGGACCAGCCCUCAUACAUUUCAUCCCAAGGAUGCAUGCCUGUGGGUUAAACAACCCAAGGUGCUUACACUCAGCCCUGAGUUGCCUUAGUGCUUACAUCAAGAAUCAUUACAUGAUGAUUACAUCAUGAACAUGCAGCCAGAUGGAUGGUGUCUCAGCAGUAUGUGCUCCAGCAGUAGCUUGCCAGCACAGGCCUAAAAGUAAAGACUGAGAGAUGGAGAGAGAAGAUUCGGACAUUAGAUUGAAUGAGGAUUGUUGAAUGAUGAGAUUGAAUAGGAUGUUGUUACCUGAGCUGCCUGUCUGGUUGAGGAAACCCUUGGUUCUGUGCUGUAAUAGCCACAAAGAACUCAUGUUGUGGGCAUUGAGUUUAACAUUCAUGCCCAAAGAUUUGACUACAGAGGCAUCGUUGUAAGAUGGCACACAUCACUGGCAGCUGCUUUGUGUUGACAUGCAAUCUGCCAUACACUGCCUCGACUGAUGGGAUUCUAUUCUAUUCUAUUCUAAAAUUUUCUCUUCUACAAUUCCUUUGUCAUGAAAGAAAACUGAAGAACAGGCACUGACUCUCAGUCUGGUCCCUAGAAGUCACUCCACACUGAAGGUAGAGAGGCCACACCAUUGGACUCUGCAUCCAUGUGUACCACUAUCACCUUGUAGACUGAGAAGGAACAGUGGUCAGUGGGUGUUCAGCUCUUUCUAUUGCUUCAUUCAGCCUUGUAGUGCAAAGAAACUUUUUCUCCUGGUUUUUUCACUUUCUAGUGGCCUUUGUACAUUCUGAAAUUACAGAAAAUCAUUUCAUUGCAAGUGGAAUUUAUUUCUAAGAGAAAUAGAAAAGAACAGGCCUUUUUUUUUUUCUUUUUCUUCUCUUUUUUCUUUUUCUUCUCUUUUUUCUUUUUCUUUUUUUCCUUAGAGAUAAACUGCUUUCUAUUAGGAACUUCUAGCAACAAAGAAAUACGUGUCUAUCGUAUCCACCAAAGUCUGCCAUGCCUGCAUUGAAGCUCACUUCUCGUAAGAGGAAAAGAAAGAGAGGGAGAGGGAAAAAAAAAAAAGAAGAAAAAAAAAGCCUCCUUUCCUUAAAACAUGCAUACAAAUGGAAACAAACAAACAUACAAAACAGAAGACAACUCAUAAAAAUAACUGCUGAAUUGCCUUUGAAAGUAGGGGAUAACAUCUGUUGCGAAACAGAUGAAAAAUUGCUUCUUAAGAUGUGUAUGUUUUGUAUUCUUUUUUUCUAGUAGGAAAAGAACAGACUUGAAAUUUUGGUGUUUUUCCUUAGUGCCGUGUGUUGCUUUUGUGUGUUAUAAUAUUUGAAUGUAAUUACAGCAGUGCCAAUUUGCCAAAGAUGUUGAACAUUCUUUUGGGGAUUUUGUUUUGCGUUUUCUUUUUGGGGAGGAACAAAAUGGGAGGCGGGCUGGGCGGUGGGGUGUGCUAACGGUGUGGGUCAGAAGGGAGGGGGCUUACGGAAGUUUUUCUACAUCCUUUUUAUUUUUCCCGAUUCUUUUUCUCGUCGAAACUGAAAUUCGUGAUUUUAUUCUAAGUUAAAUGGUUGACUGCAACAUGUUUUAUUUUUAGAUUAGUUGAGGAAACAUGCAAUAAGACUGGCGUAGUUCAAUAUCUGUGUGUCUUUUCAUGAGAGUGACUGUUACUUGUGGACAUUUGAUUUUAUGUAACCUUUAUGUGAGAUAAUUAUUUGUAAAUAUCUACCAUAAUUUUAUUGGUUCCUAAAAUAAAAGUAAUUUUUUUAAGUUCCAAAAGCCUGUUUUCACCUUAUCUGCUGCGUCGUCUGGGAGAAGUACCAGGUUGUUGGAUCUGAAAUGGGCUUCCUUGGGUCUUUAUUGGGAAGACGCCCUUUGUGCAUGGCCAACAUCUCAAGUCUCACUGCUGCUGCUUAAUUAAGGGACAAAACUCAUAACAACCUCCCACAAUCCAGCAAAUAAUUGUAGAUACGUAAAAAGAAAAUGACAAACUAAUCACAGUUGUGAUUUUCACUGCAGGGAGUUGAACUAGAUGACAUUCCAACUCAAACCAUUCCAUGAUUCUAUUCAAUUGUGCUUCGGCUCCAGUGCAGUUCCCACCUUCCAUAGCUCAGCAGGACUGUAACUCUGUCCCCCCAGCUCUGGGUUAG